AUGCAAGCAGACUCGAGAGAGGCGCAGCGAUCGCUGGAGGAGGAAAUCAUUCAGGAGCUGAGUCCGCCGCAGCAGGCUGUGCUGGCGCCAGAGUCCGGGUCUCGCGCUUCGUCCAUAAAUCGACAAAUAUACGGAAUUCUGCCGCCUGGUAUUCGAACGCCGCAGACGACGGCCUCGUGGAACUCGCAUGGCGCCGACUCGGACGCUUCCUUUAGCUCCGCCGUGCAGCAAGAAGAGGCCAAGCUGCGAUGGGACGCCGACGAGGAGCUCAAGCGCAUGUCCAAGACGCUGCUCCGCAUGCAAAAAUGGAGUCUCGUCACCGGGUUGGCCAUUAUCAACGGCGUGCUGAUCUACGCCGCCCUCACGUUCUGGCAGGUCUACUACCUCUUCAUCGUCCUUCUCAGCUCCAACACAGUUCUACAGGCUCUCAUGAUUGUGUGUAUCGUCGGCACCUUAAUCUGGAACAAGCUCUUCUGCGGCUGCCGGACGCGCAAGGACAACGUGCCAGACGAGCCGGAAAAGAUGGUGCUGCUGCUACCGUGCUACAACGAGACGCCCGAGGAGCUGUCGCGGUCGCUCGACUCGCUGGUGGAGCAGGAUAGCAUAGACGACCACCCGCGGCUCAUCUUCAUCGUCGUCGACGGCAACGUGCGCGGGCCCGGCAUGGCCAAGACGACGCAGAGGUCCCUACUCGAGGACAUUCUGGAGCCGGGCCCGCGCCGCGUCUUCCCCAACGGGUACCGCGCGCGCGACGGCCUCUUCAUGCCGGUGCAGGUGCAGACGGGCACGUACCGGGGACUGCCGUACAUUUGCGUCGGCAAAAAGUACAACCAGGGCAAGCGCGACAGCCUGUGCUUUGCACGCUCCUUUCUCUACCACUACCGGCUGCGGUCCGAAAACGUCGUCACCAUGUUCCACAACGACCUGUUUGCGUACCUCGGCACCGCGCUGCUGCAGCGCGGCCUCGGCACCGUCGACUACCUCGUCGGCAUGGACGCCGACACCGUUUUUGACCGGCGCUGCGUGUGGGAGAUGCUGCGGCAGAUCCGCACCGACCCCAAGCUGGUGGGCGUGUGCGGCCACGUCUGCGUCGACUUUGACACGCGCCCGUGGAACCUCUGGUCGCUGUACCAGUCGGUCGAGUACUCACAGACGCAGGGCCUGCGCCGCAUGUUCCAGUCGCGCGUGACGGGCAAGGUCAACUGCCUGCCAGGCUGUUGCCAGCUGAUCCGCGUCGAUGAGGCCACGUUUGGCGACGCGGUGCUGCGCCAGCGCUUCGGGUACUGCCCCAAGCCCAACGACGUCAUGACACAGCACAUCAUGGGCAACUACUCCGAGGACAGCAUCCACGCGUCCAUCAUCUUCAGCCUGUUCCCCAAGAAGAGGACGGCGCAGGCGCUGCGCGCCAAGGCGUUUACCAUUGUGCCGCAGACGUGGAAGGUAUUCUUGUCGCAGCGAAAGCGGUGGGCGCUCGGUAGCAUCUCCAACGAGUUUGUCAUGAUUUUUCGCCCGGGCAUCAUCUUGGUCGAGAGGCUGCAGAGCAUCGUGGCGGUACUGACCUGGGCCAUCACACCGUUCAUCAUCGCGGCACUGGCGGAGAUGAUUAUGCUGUUUGUGAAGCACGGGAAGGAGAUUAUCCAGAACCCAGUGUUUAUGGCGCUGUUGUCUCUCCUCUGGGUCCGCUAUAUGUAUUCAUUCUGCAUCGGUUUCUGGCUCCCGCGCAACAAUUUGGAGCGAUUUCAGUACUUUUUCGGCUUCUUCAUCCACUUCUUCACAUCGCCGUUUAUGAACAUCAUCAUCCUCGUGUACUCGCUGGUGCACUCAGACGACUUCAAAUGGGGCAAGACGCGUGAGGUGAUUCAAGAGGACGGGGAGACGAAUACGGAUGCGCAAGGCGGGCGAGGAACACAUUGA